AUGCUACCCCUAACUCGAGAUUUCUGGACCGAACGUUGGCAUAGUUACAACACGGCAUUGGAGAAGUGCAAUCAUUGUAAAAUAAGCUUUGCACUCUACGACUGCGGCUGUGUCAGAAUGACUCUCCCUCAUUUCGAUAACGAUCCCCUCAGCAAAUCAUGCAGAAUUUAUCCUAUUUCCAAAGACUCCUCCAAACCCGAACCUAAACCAACCACAAGACCCAAAAUUUUCUACAAGCGAAAAAAUCAUGGCUGCGGAAGAGUCAACAGAGACCCUAAAGAUAAAUGCCUAUGGGAUGGGAAAGAAGUAUGGGAUGGGAAAGAAAAAAAACAAUGUUCAGAUUGCGAAGACCAUGUUGAAAUCUGCAAGAAAUGUACUCGUGUAAAAAUGGGCCCUGCGAAAAAAUGUCGGAAGGAAAGGGAUCGUUACGAUCAAAGAAAACCGCGGAAACAUAUGCCACAUUUUUUUCGUCGUGAUGGCGACAAAUUCUGCAGUCCAGAAUGUGCAAAAGAACAAGCAGAUUUUGACAAGGAACAACGAAUCUUGGAAGAGGAGAACGCCCGAAGAAGAAGUGAGAACGAGGCUCGGAAAAAGGAAGAAGCUAAACAACAUCUUAAGUUUGUAGAAGAUUACGAGCGAAAUAAAAGGGCCAAGGACCACAAAGGGAUAUACCAUCCACUUAUGGUCGUGUUUCGUCAUCAUCGACUUCCUCGAGAUCGUCAAAUAAUCCAUAUCGCCAUUAGACUAAUGCUCAGCUUGCGGCAUUCGCGCGAAAUACCACUCCGACGUACAGAAAAUAGCGAGGCGGUGGGACGCUGGGUGUAG